GAAAUAAUAGUAGGCUGUAAUAGGAGGAAGGAGUGAACGACUUGCCCUCAUGUGUGCGCGCGAAGAAGCUGUUGUUAAUAAGUGACGCGUGUGCGGCAGCUGGUUUUACGUUUUUUGCCUUGCACCCGAUUCUCGGGGUUCGAGCGACGAAAGAUCGGUCUAAGCACCCCUUCUCCCGCCACUUUCACCGCUUCCAUCUCUCGCCCGAGGCCCGAUGCACCUCGACUUUGAAUAUUCCUUAACAGAUUUUCAAAGAGAUACCGAUCGCCACGCGACGUCCAACUACCGAAUCGCUUCUCGGCGUCAAUGACCGGUUAAAAAUAAAUCCUGCACUCUGGAUAACCGUAAGAAUACUUUGAGAAAGGAAAUUAAAACUCGUAUACGUUCGAUUAAUUUUCAGCGAUCCUUUGGUAAUUUAUAAAAGUACGAUGUACAAAGUAAUCCAUAUGUACACGCGUACGGACACGCGUGCACGCAUAAGUCAGGCAUAACGUAAUCUAUGCUUUGGUAGAGAGUUAAUUUGUAAACCGCGACCAACUCGCCGAUUCUCAUUCGCAACAACCCCGUAGCUCCAUGCACCGCCUUCUCGAUUCUUGGAUUCUGGAUCCGUCAAACAACGACCAUCACCACCACCACCACCGCCACCUCCGCGAUUCCACGCCCUCCCAUACAACGUCCGCUUCUUUAACCACGAAGGCAAUACCGAUCGAUCCUGUUCAGCAGCCAAUCAAGGGAAUGCCGGUCGAUUAAUCGCACGAAUCAAAAGGCAUUCGGGCAACGCUAAACAACGGAUGACGCAAUCUGGUAGCAGUUCGUCAGCCUCGAAGACAAUCCAUCGGGUAUGACGAUCGGUUCGAACGAUCUAAGAAGAGGCAAAAACGUGCCGUGGAAGACGAAUUCGAAGGAGCAGCAGCGAGGGAAAAGGGAGACGACAGACGCGCACGCAGAUGUGUCGUGCCACCCUGAAACCGACGAGGUCGAGGCAAGUGCAGAGAAAUGCACAAGUGCCGGACGAUCUUCUCUUCUCCUCUUCUUAUUUUUCUUCUUCUUCUUCUUCUUCUUCUUUGCUUGCACGAGGGAAACGAAGCACGGCCACGCGAGUGGGCGGCGCGUACCCUUCUCGAAGAUUUCUUUCCUUGCUUCUGGCGCAGGGAUGGAGGGGAUCCUCCGUGUCGUCCGCUGGAAGAGCACUACGAUGUCUUGUCCUGGCUGAUAGUCGUCGCAGUGACGCGGGAACGGGUGUAGCCGAGCUGUAUCUUCAGGAUCGGAUAGGCGCAAAGUGUCCAGGCGUUCGUUCGGCCACCCUGUAGCCGCUCGAUUCUUCCUCGUCGCGAUCAAGAUCGCGCCAUCGCGCGUGACGCGUAGACCUUGACAAGUGAUAAGCUUAUCACGUUCGAAGAGUCGUCGACGAUCUAUCGAAGAAGAAAUUUUCUGCGACACGCUCGGUGUCCGCGGAGUUUGUUUGGGGAGUCUGAUCGAUCGGGCGGAUCUCGUAAGUGGACAGUGUGAAGUUUUCUCGGACGGAGGUUAUUAAGUUGGUUGCAGCAUCGUGAUGUCGUUGGUCGGUUGGUGAUUCGAUAGCACCGAUUUCUUAAGUUGGUUCGAUUUGUGAUCGAUGGUCGUGGCAUUCGCAAGAAGGAGAAUAAGUAAAUACGUCGUUAACGAAUGGAACGAGAAACGAAUUCCGCGUCGAACGUUGUUUUCGAGCGUGGAUAUCGCGACGAGCAUCGAGAGUUCAAAGUCAAACUAUCGGAACUAAAAUUAGUAAACGGUAGUUGAAAAUAACGGCAACUGAAUUUUAUUAAAGGUCCAUGAACCUAUGCGAGCUCCAUUUAUCGUCGAACAUACGGUUCAUUCAUGGAUGCUAUCGCACGUUAGUUGGAGGCUCGGUAAUUCCAGAAAUUCCUGCAAUACCGUUUCACUCACGUGCUACUCGCGAUUACUCGACCCACUAUCGCUUUCUAUCACGCGUCACUCGUUGCAACAUCCCGACUCGUCUUCUUAAAGCCUCUGUAACUUUCCGUUAUACGCCAGCCUGCCACGUAUAAUUUUGCCAAUGAAUGCCAACCUUCCGUUCCGUAUCGCCAAGUCAAUUUUAUAUCGGAAAAUUUACGGAAAAACGAAAGUUUCAGGUUGCGGCGACAUGCAUCUCGAAGAUUACCACGCGAACAGAAACGAAGAGGACGUGCAACGGGCGGUUUCCAAGAACACGAAACAGGAGGCUUUCAACGGUUUGCACCUGGCACCUGUCGCGACCAUAAACACCAGCGAUCAAUCCUGUUGGAUCGCUUCUCACGCAGACAGCGUCUCCUCUCCCGUUUUGCCAAACAAUUUCAGCCCCAGAGAGUACACGGACUGGGAGCAACUCACCACCGUCUUUCAGUAUCCCUGUCAACCGUAUUCGUCCACAGACAGGUCGCCAGUAAGCACAAGUAGCGAAGCUACCACGCCAACCUGGAACAAUGUCGUUCGCAGCGAAGCAUCGGACUGUUCCAAUAGCCAAAGAUUACCAUCCGUUGGUUCUGCAUUCUCUUUCUCGAGAACUUUCUGUAAUACGAUCUAUCCAGAGUACCAGGGAUAUCAGGAUUACCAAGAGUAUCAGGACGACGUAUCCUUGACCUCUUUGCCCCUCGUCCUUCAUAAUCAAACGGACGAUCAGGCGUUCAACGGUUGCAUGCAGGCAGCCACGGACGAAUUCGAUCUUAGUUUAAUCAGAGGCGAUCCUACGUCGUUGUUAAGCAACGUGGAGUCUCCUUCUUCCCCGUCGUCCACGUACCUGGAAGAGCUUCAGGAUCCGUUUUCCAACCUGAACGGAUCUUGCUACGCGGUUGGACACUUGGUAUCCGGCCAGCAAACCUGCGUGUCCACGAUGAAUUUCGUCAACGAUACUGGAUUGAACGACGGAUUUGCGAAUCAAGUUGUUCUACCCAGGAACGAAGGAUUGUUGCUGACCGACAGAAGAGUGCCGGUGUCCAAGCCUGCGAGCGACACGGACACCCGAAGCAAAUCUUUCGACUGUUCAACGACAGACGACAACUUGACGUCGACGUAUCAGUGCCGAUGGAUAGACUGUGGCUGCGCUUUCGCCGAACAAGAGGGUCUGGUUCGACAUAUCGAAAGAAGACACGUGGAAUCCUCGUCGUCGAACGCGCAUGGACACGGAAGACGGGUUCAAAGGGACAGGGACAAGGAUAAAGACAAAGAGGGAGAGGGUUACGCUGGUUCCGUAAGCGGCCAAGAUGAAUUCGCUUGCCUUUGGCAAGGAUGUCCGCGUGUUCGACCUUUUAACGCCAGAUACAAGCUACUGAUUCAUAUGAGGGUCCAUAGCGGAGAAAAGCCUAAUAAGUGUCCGUUCACCGGAUGCAAGAAGGCGUUUUCACGAUUGGAGAACCUGAAGAUUCACCAAAGAUCUCAUACGGGAGAAAGACCGUACGCCUGUCAGCAUCGCGGUUGCUCCAAAGCGUUCAGUAACAGCAGUGAUCGUGCAAAACAUCAGAGGACUCAUUACGACACGAAACCGUACGCGUGUCAGGUUAGCGGAUGCGGAAAAAGGUACACAGACCCGUCGAGUCUCAGGAAACACGUGAAAAAUCACUCGGAACCAACGACGCCGCUGUCCAACUUGUCAUUGACAUCGGACGGCAAGGCUUCGGCUAACCUGACUAAAAGUUCAAGCAACUCGCGGCACGAUCCGAUUUCUACUAGUUCGAGGCAACAGCAACAACAAGCGCGAACGGCGAUCGUUUACACCACGGAAUCGAAUUAUCGAACGUAUAAGACUUCGGAGUCUUACGCGGACGAGGACGCGGACCUGUUCCAGACGAAUCUGUGUCAGGUCGAUCGGAUUUCCAUGAACCUUGACAGCAAUCAAGAGUACGUGCCGAUCGAAUCUGUGAAACGCUUUCUCAUCGACGAUGUCAGUGCGUCAGGAUCGCACGUGGAAGGUACAGGGUACCAGGUCGAGGAUGAAGUGCCUGACUUCCAAGAGCUCGGUUCCGAUAUCGAACAACAGUUUCUCGAACUAAGCAGCCUCGAUGACGCGGUUUUCAUCGACGGUUGAGAAACAUGUUUAUCAUAGGAGGAGGAUCGAAGAAGACUUCGCGGUGAACGCGCCAUAUUUCCAAAGACUCGUUUCCAUUUCUUUUUGUAUUCGAUUUUUAUACGCUUUCGCUCGAUUAGAUAAAUUUCAUCGACAGAUAUAUUUUUGUACAUAGACCGUUGUAUAUAUCAUUAAAUACACGAUUUUGACUAUUA